UCUAACGGUCACACUUAAAAAAUAACAACAUAACGUGCUUAUAAACAAUAUCUAAAAUUAAAUCAUGGACAUCAGAAACAACGAUCCCGGCGCCGUUCAAUAUGGCAAUUUCAUGAACUACUACCAAUUUAAUUCAGCCUCGGAACGUGUAAAACUUUUACCGGAUAAAGAUAUAUGGUUACCUGCUUUAAAUAAUGAUGUGUCCCCUGGAAAUAGUCCUUAUAUUGUCCUGGAUGUAGGCUGCAAUUGCGGGGUGUUUACCCAGCUGCUUCAUAAAUAUUUAAAGGAACUCCUCCAGAGACCUGUAAAAAUCCUAGGAGUGGAUAUAGACAAUCGUCUGAUACAGCGUGCUUUGGAGGAGAAUGAAUCCCCCGAAGACGUAAGCUACACUUGCGUGGAUGUCCUAGAUGAUGUUGCCUUUGAAUCUGUAACAACUUAUCUGGCUAUCAAUAACCGCCAAAAGUUCGAUGCCAUUUGCUGCUACUCAAUUACCAUGUGGAUUCACCUCAAUCAUCAUGAUCAAGGCCUCCAAUUGUUUCUGAAGAAGCUCUCCAAUCUGGCUGAACUCCUGGUGGUAGAACCACAGCCCUGGAAAUGUUAUCAAACGGCAGAGAGGCGUCUGAAAAAAGCUGGAGAAACGUUUCCCCUUUUUCGGGAACUCAAGUGGCGAUCCGAUGUGGAGCUGCAAAUACAAAACUACUUGGAAAAUUCCCUGGACCGAAGGAAGCUAUUCGAGUCCACGCCCACUAAAUGGCAGCGAAAGAUUUGCUUCUAUAGAUAAUGAUUCAAGCAUGUAAAAUUAAAGAUAAUGUAUAUAUAGAAGACAUCUA